AUGCCAGAGGUGAAAAUGCUAGGAGGUGUCCUUCUUACUUGUUGCCUCAUGUUUCCUCUCAAUUUCAUUUAUGGCUUGUAUUCCAUAGGCAGGGCCCAAGUAGGUGGCUUGGUUAUGUUGCAGCCUGAAGUUGGAGGUUUUAGUCAGAAUUUUUACUUUGCAGGAAUAGACAAAGUGAGAUCCAGGAAGCCAGUGAUUGCAGGAGACACGCUAGUUAUGAGAAUGACACUUACUAAACUGCAAAAGCGAUUUGGAAUAUGUUGGAGGGGAAGUUGUGUGAGGUGCCGAUAUCAUAAUAUUUAA